CUCACUUUUCCACCUAAAAACAUGAUGAAUAUGUUUUAUCAAGAAGAGCCACCAAAUCCCUUCAAGAGAUUCAAAUUCCUCAAGGAUUUAUUCACCAAACGUCGUUCUUUUCGACCCGAUUCAAUCCCCGAAGAAGCGGAGCCGAUCACCGAUUUCGACCAACAAGAAGAGGUAUUCAUUUCAGCAAUCGUAGGUAAAUACAUCGAAUCAAAACGCAAACAAAGAAAAUCCCGAAUCGGAAUAGAUAGCUUUAAAUGGCCUCUAUCUCCACAAGCAACCGAAAAAAGGAGCAACUGUGGAAAAAACAGAGAGGAGUUUCUCUCUGCAUGCAGUAGGCUCUCACGAUGCUCGAGCGCCACUAGCUUCGACGAAUCAUUCUCUGUUAAAACACGUUUUUCUCGAUCUUCGAGCUUAAGUGGGACCCAUGUUAAUCGGGAUUACUUCGUCGCCAAGCAAUCUUUUAUUAUUCGGGAGAUGAUUAUUGAGUGUGAAGGGUGGCCGUUCGGCCUUUGUCGGAAGACUUUGUUGCAGCCUCCUCUGCCCAAGUCUCCAUCUAAUUCUUGGUCGUGGAGAAAGAUUGGUCGAAGGGUAAAUAUACACGAAUGAAUUUUGUAUUCCGAUAACAUAUGUAGUUGAAAUAAUAUCGCACCAUAUUAAAGCUUAUGAAGCACAGAAA